AUCAUUUUGACAGCUGGUUUUUAUAUUUGCUGGGGAUGCCUUGUAUGGGUGCCUUCUAUAUAUACUUCUCCUGGCAUGUACCUGGUCAAUCAUCCUGUACACCUUGGAACUCAGUUGGCACUCUACAUCCUAGUAGCAGGCAUUCUUUGCAUAUACAUCAACUACGACUGUGAUAGGCAAAGGCAAGAGUUUCGCAGAACAAAUGGCAAAGCUUUGGUAUGGGGUAAAGCUCCAUCAAAGAUAACUGCCACUUACACUACCACAACUGGGGAAACAAAAAGCAGCAUUCUUUUAACUUCGGGAUGGUGGGGAUUAGCUCGACAUUUCCACUAUGUCCCAGAAAUAUUAGCUGCAUUUUUCUGGACUGUUCCAGCUCUUUUUAACCACGCUUUACCCUACUUUUAUGUGGUGUUUCUUACAAUCCUUCUCCUCGACCGGGCGAAAAGGGAUGAUGAUCGGUGCCGAUCCAAGUAUGGAAAAUACUGGAAAUCGUACUGCGAGAAGGUUCGGUACAGGGUCAUCCUCGGAAUUUACUGAGAAAAUGUUGCACAAGUGUUUGUUCUAUGUUGAGAAUGGCAUGUAUAUUCAGCCUUUCCAAAUUAAAUGAUGGCAGGCUGGUAUCAUGUUGUUGUUAUUGUUGUUUUUGUAAUGGUCAA